CCCCGCUCGGAGCGCUCAAUGUCGGAACGUUCCGAAGAUGACGUCGGAGCGUUCUCGAAUCCCGUGUCUCUCGGCUGCUGCCGCCGAAGGAACAGGGAAAAAGCAACAAGAAGGAAGAGCAAUGGCGACACUGGAUCGCAAAGUGCCCAGUCCGGAGGCGUUUCUGGGCAAACCCUGGUCCUCCUGGAUCGACGCCGCCAAAUUACACUGCUCCGACAAUGUAGAUUUAGAAGAGGCUGGAAAAGAGGGUGGAAAAAGCAGGGAGGUUAUGAGGCUUAAUAAAGAAGAUUUAAACUGUGCAGAAACAACCCAGUAUCACAUUCAAGAGGAUGGAUCAGGAGCCACUUCUGCACCAGAUAUGCACUUAUUUGGCCAUUACCCAGCACAUGACGACUUCUAUCUCGUAGUGUGCAGUGCCUGUAAUCAGGUCGUCAAGCCACAGGUUUUCCAGUCACACUGCGAGAGAAGACACGGUUCCAUGUGCAGACCUUCUCCCUCGCCAGCGUCUCCAGCCUCCCACCCCAGGACAUUGCUAGCACAGGUGAAGCCGAAAGCCUGUGGGAGCGGCCAUAGCUCUGCCAGCAGCACCUCAAAGCCAUUCAAAACGCCCAAAGACAAUCUCCUUACCUCCAGCAGCAAGCAGCACACAGUCUUUCCCGCUAAGGGAUCGCGGGAUAAACCAUGCAUUCCGGUUCCUGUAGUCAGUUUAGAGAAAAUCCCUAACCUAGUGAAGGCAGACGGUACCAAUGUCAAAAUGAACUCUACAACCACUACUACAGUCACCUCUUCCUCUUCCACCUCCUCCUCCUCCACCACCGCCGCCGGCUCCACCCCACCUUUAAUUAAGCCCUUCCUGAUGUCCAAGUCAGUGCCGCCUUCACCAGAGAAGAUCCUAAAUGGCAAAGGAAUUCUGUCGGCCACCAUAGACAAGAAGCACCAAAAUGGCACCAAAAACAGCAACAAGCCUUACCGGAGACUUUCAGAGAGAGAAUUUGACCCAAAUAAACACUGUGGAGUAUUGGAUCCCGAGACAAAGAAACCUUGCACAAGAUCCCUCACCUGCAAGACACACUCACUAAGCCAUCGGAGGGCAGUCCCAGGCCGGAGAAAGCAAUUCGACCUCCUCCUGGCGGAACACAAAGCCAAGUCCAGAGAGAAAGAAGUCAAAGAGCAUCUCCUGACUUCCACAAGGGAAAUACUUCCAAGCCAACCCGGGCCGGUGCAGGACUCACUGCCAGGAUCUUCAGGGAGCUCUGGGCCAGAACCGAAAGUCACAUCCCCUGCAAAAUCCAGGCCACCUAACUCUGUAGUACCCAGACCAUCAUCUGCAAACAGCAUAAGCAGCAGCACGUCCUCAAAUCACAGCGCCUACACUCCGGAGACCCCUCUUCCCCCAGUUGGAGCUGACCUUGCCAGCCGGCUGUCCAGUGAUGAAGGGGAGAUGGACGGAGCUGACGAAUCUGAGAAGUUAGAUUGUCAGUUCUCCACGCACCACCCCAGACCUCUCGCGUUUUGCUCAUUUGGGAGCCGCCUCAUGGGACGAGGGUACUAUGUGUUUGAUAGAAGAUGGGAUCGUUUUCGGUUCGCAAUAAACUCCAUGGUAGAAAAACACUUGAAUUCACAGAUGUGGAAGCACAGAAGCCCGAGCCACCGGGCGUCAGGUCCCUCCCCCCUGUUCAGGACUUGCCUAACCAAUCUGCUGUCACUGAGCAACAUUGGGGCUGCCUGGGUGUCAACUCUGGAGAGCGUAGCACCCCGCUGCCCUCUCAGCCUCGCUGCCCAAACCCCAGGCCCCGACGGGCCCGAACCUGGAGGGAUGGCAGCCGAUGGGGGCGUGGAAGACAUUAGGAAGAAAAAGAACGGCCAAGACUCUUUUUUCUUUAACAAGCAUUUAACUCUGCACCAGGAGACGCCAGCACAGUAUUCUCUUUCAGCCAGGAAGAUCCCUCCUGCGGCAGAUAGCCCCAUGCCCUCGCCAGCAGCCCACAUCUCCACCCCCGUGCCAGCAUCUGUUUUGCAGCCUUUCAGCAACCCCAGCGCUGUAUAUCUUCCUUCAGCUCCCAUCAGCUCGAGACUCACCUCUUCUUACAUAAUGACAUCCGCCAUGCUCUCAGACGCAGCUUUUGUGGCAUCAUCGGACCCACGUGUCCUCAUGUCCCACACCACAGCUUUCCCCCAUGUGGCCGCAACCCUCAGCAUCAUGGACUCAACCUUCAAGGCCCCAUCCGCCGUCUCCCCGAUACCAGCCGUCAUCCCUUCCCCAUGCCACAAGCCAUCCAAAACCAAAACCAGCAAAUCCUCAAAAGUCAAAGACCUGUCUGCCCGUAGCGAUGAGUCUCCAAGUAACAAAAAGAGGAAGCCGCAGCCUUCGACUUCCUCCUCCUCCUCCUCCUCCUCCUCCUCCUCCUCCCUGUCCUUGCAGGCCUCCCUCACAUCUCCACCGCCAGGGCCCCACAGAAAGAACUGUGUUUUGAAUGCCAGUUCUGCCCUGAACUCCUACCCGGCGGCCCCUGCCUAUGCCAGUCUGUCUGUGCACAGCUCCAACAAUGGGGUGAGCCCACUCAGUGCCAAGCUGGACCCCUCAGGACGGACCUCGACGCCCGGCGGCCCCGCAGACAUAGCAAGACAGGUGGGCACGGUGGGCGGCAGCAGUGACUCCUGUCCCCUCUCUGUGCCCUCCCUCGCGCUCCACGCGGGGGACCUCUCUCUGGCCUCACACAAUGCCGUGUCUUCUCUGCCCCUCUCUUUUGACAAAUCAGAAGGAAAAAAGCGUAAGAACUCGAGUGCUAGUAACAAAGCCUGUAAAAUCACUAAAAUGCCUGGUAUGAAUAGCGUUCACAAAAAGAACCCGCCCAGCCUUCUUGCACCAGUGCCCGAGCCUGUGAACAGCACCUCCUCUCGGCAGGUUGGGAAAAAUAGCAGCCUAGCUUUGUCACAAUCCAGUCCUGCAAGCAUCCCCAGCCCAGGACACAGCCGACAGAAGAACACAAACAGAAUGGGCAGGAUAAGGACUCUUCCAUAACAAGACUAUGAAGCCACUUCCAAACCAGUCCCUGGUCGUGACCUGUGCCAGGUGGCGCGGCAUCAGGAGGAGGGAGGGGAGUGGGCAUGGGGGAGUCUGUUUCCUGAACCCUGCCUGUGCUCUGGACUUUCUUCUUCUUCCUUUUAUUUUUUCUUAAUUGACCAAUUUUUAGUUUUGAAGAAAAAAAAAAAAGGCAAAAGAAUAUGAACUUGAGAUUUACAGAAAACAAUACCAGUGUUUUCUUUGAUUUUUCAUUUGCCAUGUUUAUACAUUCUUCCCAAGGUGGGGUCCCCUGCCCCAGCUCCUGAUGCUACUACUGCACCGUCCUCUUGCUCGGGCCCGAGGGCAGAGGUCACAGAAUGUCAGUUCCAGGUUGGCGCUGUCUGAAGCUCUUGGACUUCAGCGCGUCCAGAGCUCUUUUCCUUCCUCCUCUUCUCCUGCCCGUUCACUUCCAUUCCCCGCCUGCUGCUCAGUGGCUCCCCACCAGCUAUCAGGUUGCUAGCUGUCCCCAUACCCCUUGGGACAGCCUCCUGGGGAGGAGAGAGUGGAGGACAGCCGGGUACCCUCAACAGGCUUCCACAGUCCCCCUCAGCUGGAGCCAAAUGCUAGGGGCCAAAUCGAAAUAGGGCCAUUUAAUGAUGGGAUCUGCCCAACACCACUACCAACCGGCUGUGCCACUCAGCAAAGAUCCACCAGGUCAGAAGCAGAGGCAGAGGGGCCCGGGAGGGUGGCAGGAAGCAGAGCAUGGGGGAUAAGAUCCCUUAAAAGAUGGUAGGAACCAGGUGACUGGUGGCCUGCACUUGUUAGGAAUCCAGUCCAUUCCAAGGCACGGUGAGUGUGCAGAUUCCCAAAGCGGGCUGGGCCCGAGGGAGGACUCCCAAGGGAAAGGCAUUCGGUGAUCAGAGCUACCCUUGGGCCCAGCCUCCUGGGAGUACUGGAGGUGAACCCCUGGUGAGAGUAAAUAGGACCAUUGCCUGCCUGGCAGAGGUGAGCUGGUGCUCCGUGUUCAGAUGCCCGACUCAGAGUUGCCCAGGCCGCCCGGUGAAGAGGAGCCAUGUGGAAGAGCUGAACGACAGCCUCCCCACAAAGCGCUGUAAAGGGCUUCACACUAGAGCUUGGCGAGAAACAGCAGCAGCAGAAGCUGUGGUAGGGAAUCCCAGUCAGGAGCAGAGGUCACAGCGUGCAACAGGUGAUAGAGCAGGUAGCAGAGGCACCACGGGGGUCUGCAUCACCCUGCACCCAGAAAUGAAUGUGCCACCCUCCUCCCCACCCUGACUUUUCCUUUACUUUCCGUCCGCCCCACCCCAAAGAUCAGACUACUGUUAAGUUUCACGCGCUUGGAAUCCACAAAGACGGGAGGCAAACGGAGCGAUUUGAAUCAAUGGAAUUGCACUGACAGUGUUUCUUGUAGGAUUACUAAACUUUUUAAUAUAAAAUGAAGAUUUUUUUAAAAAUCAGGAGUUGAUAUUAAGUACCAGGUCAUUAGUUUGGAUGAUUUCAUUUUCAUUUCUACAGUGUUAAAAGUGCACUUAUAUGCUGGUUUAUUUACGUCUUGGGGAAAAAAGAGACUGCAAAUUAAAGGGACGAUUGUUACUUUUGAUUUUUGUUUUUUAAAAGGUUAAGGCAGAUUUUAAGACUUACAAAUAUUUAAGAAAUUAUAAACAAGGUUAGACCCUUUGAAAAAAGUUCAGAAGAUAUUCUUAAAGAAAAUUUUUAUAGUGUUAAUUUUGUAAUAAUUUAUGUUUUACUAUAUUACAGAGCUAACUGACCAGAAUAGUUUCAGAAACAAUAUGAAACUUAGGAAAGUUUAAGCAAUGUUUAUAUUUUUUAAAUGUUCUUUGAAUUAUGUUUUUAUUGUACAUUUCUUCAGACUGAAAAAUGUGUACAUAUCUUUGUUAUUUUUGCACAAUUUUUGUCUUGUUCGGUUUUAGAAGUCUAUUGUUUUUUAUAAUUUAUUUUGAGUUGUAAAACUUGCAGGAGUAAAAAAAAAAUCUCAGCAACAAAAUAACCCUCUGAUUUAUAACUCAUACUCAGAGAGGGAAAACAAAGGUUGAGAGAUUGAGUGGCUGCUUCUGAGAAAUCACGUCUCGACAGGGACUGAAGAACAACUCGACAGGUUUAAACAUUGUCGCUUUCUACGCCUCAAAUCGGAAGCUGGAAUAAAAGAGGCUCCCCACCAAAUGCUGCUUACUUUCUCAAAAGACUGGCUCUGACCAAGGUGAGGACAUUUCUGGGAAACUGAGAAAAAAGGGAAAACCCACGGUAUUUCUUCCUUCACAAUCAACCACAGGUUUACUUUAUAAUGAUGUAUUAAAGAAAAAACUUGCAGCUUGAAAAAAUGGAAUGCAAAUAAAAGGUUUCCUUUGGGUUUGUUUUCAUGAAGUUCAACUGGACCAGCCUAUAAUGCAUUAUUAGAGUGAUCUCCUUUGGGUCCUUCUGUUCCGCACCCGACUGGGCCUUCUCUCCCAGCCCCUCGACUGCACACACCCCUAUUUGCCUGAAGAUCUCCUGACUUGUCGCCAGCCAUAGAGCCUCGAAAGCUCUGGUUGUUAAGCAUAACGCAAUGCAUAGACCUGUCAGCCAUAAAAUUUAAAAAAAAAAAAAAGCGACUUGGAUUACUUGUAUGCCUUCUUUUGUAUCAAUGUACUAAUUGUAAAUAGCGCUGAUCAACCUUUGUAGAGAAUAGUUUAUACAGCAUAUUCUAUUAUUGCUGAUUCUCAGUGAACUCUUGUUUUAAAAAAGGAAAAAAAGAAAUUUUCUAUUUACACCUUCUAUUUUGUUAUGCUGUCGGCCCAUGGCACUUUAACAAAACUCUGUGGGUUUUAUGUAGCUGGUCCGUCAUGGGGUUUACUGAGUAACUAUUGUUGCACAGAAAAGAAUUUGCACCUGCUCAUUUGUCCUUUCCUACUACCGGUUUUAGACUCUUUUCCAGAAGAAUUUUGAAGAAAGCAUGUCCAAUCAUUCUAAACAAAUGCCACACUUGUGAGUGGGUUUCUUUUCUACGAUCCAUAUUUUGUAACACUAAGUAUUUUCUCCCUUGGUCUCGUACCUUUAUGUCUUAGCACUAUCAGAUAGAAUCCAUUCCAUGCCUGUGAUAUUGUAAGCAGAAUAAAUGUCUGAAGUAGGUGUAAAUAGUAAAUUCUAUGGCUUACAGUUUUAAAAGGAAAGAACAAACAUGUAUCUAUUGAUACUGAGUGGUUCACCACCAGGCCUGGAAAUAUUCUCCAGUGAGCGAUUGUAUUUUUUUUUUUUUUGCUUUUUUUUUUUUUGUAAC